CUUGCUUGAAACUGCUGCGAAUCCUCUUUCCCGUGAAGAGCAUCUGCCCGUGUUCGGGACGAGCGAGCAGCAGGAUCGUGUGUGACGUCCGUGCUUUGCCUUCCAGUCGUGAAGAAACUCGUUCGACCAGGGAACAUCCUUUUUCACAAACACACGCCAGAACUUCCAACGAACGCCUUUCUGCAGCGGCCCGCACACCUCGAAACACCACUCGCUGUCCGUCCCUCCGAGCAAGUUAUUGGAGACACGUCGAACAUUCUUUGCGCAUCGGGUUCGUGGCCGGCGUUCGGGAGUUUUGCUUGACGUGCGGUGAAUCAGCAGCAGCGUCAUUCAUGAGACGGUAACCGCACCCUCGAACGACACGGACUCGAAAUAAGCCGUGACACGCAACGACUGUCGGCGACAAGAGCGAACAACUACGAAUGGCAGUAUCCAGGCGGUUACGGAGAGCGUUUGUCAACGACGCCAACCACCGGUAGCAUUCUGACGGUGCCCGUCAAACGGUCAAGGGUACCCAGUGUAAAUAACGAACAAUGGACGAACCACCUCCACCACCGCCGCCACCGCAUGGCUCCAAUCCCCGGCCACCGGGAGGAGGUCUGCCUGAUGGCAACUACGACAUCUUCAUCAUCCCACCACACUCGGCCGGUUCGGGCUUUCUAUAUCUUCCUUCGAUGCAACCACAUCGAAACAGCUUCCUCGCUGGUGUCGCAUCUACUCUGCUAGUCGUUGGCCUCUACUCACUGGUGACCCCGGUCAUCAAGCAGUGGCUGAACCUGGUAGCAGCGGGCGGCGCGGGUGUGGGUAUGACAGUGCUCGUCAUCAGCGUCGGUGUGAUCGCAUGGGCACUGGGCAAGACACAAGGAGAGCACAAUGCAUCGAGGUCGGAAAAUGGUGGAAGCGCUGGUGAAAACGGCCCACGCCAGCGCUCAAAGCACACGGGGCCACCGCCAAAUAGUUGGCAGAAAGCUCCUCCUCCGCCGCCCGAGCCAGAAUACCAGGCUCCACCUCCCCCACCACCUGAACCAGAGUCUCAGGCGCCUCCUCCGCCUCCUCCUGAGCCAGAACCUCAACCCAAAUCAACACCUAAAGCGAAUGAUAUGAAGACUGCGUGGGAGAAAGCCAGAGAGGAGACUCGCAAGCGAGAGGAGCAACGGCGGCGAGAAGAGGAGCUCAAGAAGAAACGAGAAGAAGCACAAAAGAUGAGAGAAGAAGCAGAGAAGGCUGCAAGGGCGAAGGCGGAGAAGGAGAAGUGGGAGCAGUCGCGUGCCCGAGAGAAGGAGGCGCGUGAACGCGAAGCUCGAGAACGCAUCGCACGCGAACGAGAGGCUCGAGCAAAAGAACAGCGAGAGAAGGAGCAAGCGCAAUCAAAGGAGCAGAGAGAAAAGGAGCAAAAGGAGCGCGAGGCGCGGGAGCUGGCCGAGAAGAAGAAGGCAGACUGGGAGAAGACCAGACAGGCUGAGAAGGAAAAGAUCGAGCGCAUUCGACAAGCAUCAGCAGCUGCACCAGCUGCAAGCGUCCGUUCGACUCCCACGAGAACACCUGUCUCGCCCUCGAAAUACGAACGUCCAACAGCAAAGUCACAAGCUGGCACAGACACGGCAUACUCCUAUCGCCCCUACGACAAACCCAAAUCCACGGCCUUCACAUCCUCCGCCUCAUCUAUCUCCGGCCUAAGCGCAAGCAGCUACGCCGAAAGCGUUAGCACCGCUCGAACGACACCUCCCCCUUCCAUGCGAGGACCCUACUCCACCCCCGACGAAAACAAAAUCCAAAUCAAAGCCGUCUACCUCUUCAGCGAUAAAUCCCCCUCUCGCCCCAUUUCCCAGUUGAUCGCCAACGAAGGCCCCGUAACCGAUGGUCUCGUCCUAAGCAUCAACACCGAACUCUUCCAAAUCGACGACGAUAUCCGAAAAGUCGGACAACGAGAAUGGGACGUUAAAGCUUGGACUCUCAAGUGUGUCGAGGAUGGAAUGGUCAGACUACCGAAUGGGAAUGGAGCUCUUCAUGUGCUGAGGGCGACGACGAGAGAUACGGAUAAUAAGAGGUAUACGUUUGUGUUGGAUGAGAAGGAGGCUUGGAAGGUUGCUGUCGGGAUUUCGAGACUCAAGAAGGGGAGUCAGGUGCGGCAUUUGAGUACGAAUGGGUUGAAGGAUGCGGAGGUGAAAGGACUACUAGCCAACUUGGGGUGGUUGUGAUUCAUGUGCAACCUGAGGCGGAAUGGCGAGGAAUGAUGGGUACGCUUGAUGAGGAUUGUUUGUUUGAUUCGGUGAUGAAACAAGCGAUGCGGCAUGAGCGAUGGGCGUUUUCUCUUUCUUUUUCAUGAAGGAAUUGUGUUAUGAUGAGCGUUGGGUGUGCUUUUUGCUUCUUCAUAGGAUUCCCCUUGUUUGGCGGUACUGCUUUGAAAUGGAAAGGAAGACUGUGUAUAGUUGUAAAUACGAUUAAGUGCGAAAUGAUCAGGAUUAGGUUAUGCUACGGGAAAGA